AUGUAUAUUCCCGCUUCGAUGGCAGAUUCUACUUGCUCGUCGGUAAGAUCCUCGGGGAGUUCAUCCAUGACUUCGAGAUGUCUUCAUGCAGCGAUGCGCAUUGCAGAAGCAAGACACGCGUCGCGUCGUGCCGGGUGUUGCGAUUCGAAUUUUGACAACAAGCACGUGCCAGGUUCAAACACGUGACCUGAAAUCGUUCGUGAGUUCGAUCCCGGCCGUUCGCGCCCUUAAAAGUUCCUAA